CUAUAAAAAAUACCGAUAUACAAAUUUCCAUUGUGACUUCUCCAUCUAUUUCCUACAUUACACUGACGAAAUAUAUUGAGCUUGGUUAACAAGAAUAAAAUACAAUUGAUCAUACAAUUGAAUUGAUACCUAUUUUCAUUUGCAUCACAAACCAGAGUUACGAACCAAAAUAAAAUAUUUAACUUUUUAUACAAAGUAAAUGGUUUUAAUUGCUUAAAAAAUGGAUAUUGGUUUCAAAUGCUGUUGUGACAUUCAAUACUUUAAUAAUUUAAACAAAGUUACAAAUACAGAACAAGAAAUUUUAUCUAUAUUAAAAACAGUAUAUGAAAGGUGUAAGGCAGAAAGAGAUAAUAACUGUUUACUAGUACCGUUACAAGAUUACCAUGAAAGAGUGUCAAAUUAUACAGCAUACCCUAAAACGUUUAUAUACACUAUGUUAGAAGAAAAUCAGUAUCAAGAAGAAGCAUUAGAUAUCUACGAUCACAUUUUAUUCAUGGAAUGCAUUAAUUUCAUGUAUUCCCAAAAUAAUCUACUAACAUUCAACAGGCUGUAUGAAGAGUGUGUUAAAUUCCAAAGUAUUCUAUCAGAAAACUAUAAAUUAAAACAUAUAUCUGAUUUGACCAUUUUUAUAAAAAAGUUACAUGAAUGGGGCUAUGUUCAUAGAAAACUAACAAAUGGUUCAGUUAUAUUAAUGGAAAAUCCUAAGACUAAAUUCGCUAGAUUCAAUUACUUAAAUAAAAUUAGAGAUUAUAGGGCAAAAGGGAGACAAAUUUAUUAUUUAGAUGAGAGACAAAUUCUUAAAGAUGCUAUUAAGAAGUAUAAAUACAAUUCUGAUGAAAACAUUCAAGUACAUGAUGGGUUUCUUUAUUUUCACAUUCUUACAAGAAAUGGUUAUGAAAAUGGAUUAUUUACUUGUCAAGAUCCCGAUAUGACAUUUUCUGAUAUCUUUAAGAAAUGGAUGAUUGACAUUGUACUGUACAGCAUAAAGCCUAUGAGUGUUAUUGUAAUGGAAAAUAAUGUCCUCCACGGCUUAUUACCUAAUAAAUCUAUCACAAGAUACCAUACUAAGAAUCAAAUGCUGCAAUGGUUAAGAGAAAACAACAUACCAUGUAACAUUAGUAUGCCUAAACCUAUACUAUAUGAUUUAAUAGAAAAAUGUACUUUUAAUAAUAUAAAUUAUGAAAUUGAUUGUGUAUUUAAAUCUUGCGGUCAUGAUAUUCUUCGUUUGCCAAAUACCUUUACUUCUCUUACACCAACUACAUAUUUUUGGAACUACUUGUGUAAGAACUUUAAAAUACCUGAGGAUAGUACAGCUGAGACUGUAAAACAUUUACUAUCACUCAAAAUAAAGGAUAUUGAUACAACGGCAUGGCCAUCUUUUAUUGCUGAAGUAGUACAAAUGGAGAAUGAUAUAUAUGAAAUUGAUGCACUUGCAGAAAACUUACUGGAAGAAUAUGAAUUAGAUAGUAGGACUCUGUAUGAGUGAAAUAAUAUGAAUCUCACAAUCACAAAUUACAAAUU